AUGAUAAUCAGGGCUUUGUUAUCUUGCCAUAAACCUCCACCAACAACACAAAAUUUUAUAAUAUUAUUAUUAUUAUUUCUUUUAUCAUUUAUAAAUGGACAAUACUUGGCAAAUAACUAUUUUACAUCACCAGAUAUUAAUGCGGGUUUCUAUACAGAUAUCUCACAGAAAGCAUAUAAAUUAAUGGCAUCAUUUUUAACAAAUGGAGUUUUUAAAAUUAUGAAACAUUCAUCAAUUGAUUUUAAUAUUACCUAUUCUAUUAAUCCUCAACAAUCUAUACAAUUAACCUCAAUAGGAUUAGACUUUUUUGACUAUAAUUCAUUUAACUCAAUAAUGGAAGUUGGUAAUAAUGAUAACCAAUUAAAAUGGAUAGGUAAAGAUUUUAAAGGAACUUUUAAAAUACAAUAUAAAAUAUUUACUGAAGGGAAAGAAAUUUCUGGUAUUGUUCCUAUGACACUUGAUGGUAGUACAUUUACAUUUGUAUUAUUAACUGGUAUCAAUAAUGAUGGUCAUCUUAAAACAGAAUUAACUAAAUGUAUAGCAUCAGUUGAAAAAGUUAAUUUACAAUUUUCUCCAACUGACAUUGAAUUUUUAAAGACAACAAUUCCAUUAAUUUAUAAAACUAUUCGUGAAAAUAUUCAUAAUAUAUUAUGUCCAACAUUUACUGAAGAAUUAGUACCAAUUAUAUCAAAUCGUCUUAUGAAUACACCAUUAUCUGUUUCUUUAUUUGAUCAUUAUUUUAUUAAUUAUGGUCUUCUUGGUAAUAUUAAACAUUAUGAAAAUUAUACACAUAUAGGACAUCGUGGUAAUGUUUUUGGAAUUUUACGUCAAGGAAGAACAAGAUUAAAUGACUUUAGAUUACCAUUUAAAGCAAUGCCCCUACAAACAUCAAAUAAUAAUAUAAAUGAUAAAAUGUUAACAUUUACAAUGUCUAAUUAUACCUUAGCAUCAUUACUUUUUUGGAUGGAUCAAUAUAGAAAAUUUGAUUUUGAAAUAAGUAAAGAUGCUAUAAAUAAUACACAAAUUGGUGGAUACCUAAGAACAGAAUGUGGUGGUGAAGAUAUAUGUGCUGGAACACUUUUUCCAGCAUUAGCUGAAAAAUUUCCUAAUGGUAUGGUUAUGAUAAAAACACAUACAAUUGCCACACCAAUUGUUAAAAUAACAUCAAAAGGUGUUUUUGUAACAUUUGAUUCAAGAGUUGAUUCAUUUGUAGAACAAGUUGAUAAAAAAAGAAGAUUUUUGACAGCAAAUAUGUAUGCUGAAUUAUCAUUACAAAAAAUUAAUUUUAAAGAUUAUGUAUUAAAUGGGCAAUUAAAGAUUGAUAAAACUAAGAUAUCAAAUGUUGUAUCAUUAAUUGAUGGUAUAACAUCAGAAUCAUUAGAAUUUUUAGUAAAUGCAUUAAAUGAAUUAUUUAUAGCAGAUGAGAUGUUAAAAAAAUUACAAAGUGGUAUAAAAUUACCAAUUGUAUUGGAUUUUGAACAAAAAAGUAGUAGUAUAACAUUUGAAGAAAAUAAAAUUGUGAUCUCAGCAGAUUAUUGUUUUGAAGACAACUGUAAAACAUCUGAAGGUGCAUUAUCUGCAUCCACAGAUCAAGACGCUAAUUAUUAUGAUGUUGUUGAGGGUUAA